AUGCCGCAAUUAAAAGGAAGGAAUUUAUCAGAGUUAAAUGAAGAUGGAUGCUUCAGAAGGAAAAGCAUAUAUAGACAUGUAGAUUCGUCCGAUUCAGAAUCCGAUGAUAAUGUGCUAUCCUCGCCUGAUGAAAUGGAUUUAGGUGAAAAUGAGGAGGAGGACGCUUUGGAUUCAGAUAAAAUUGUUGAGCAGAAAUAUGAAGAGAAGAGUGACUUAUGUAAUAUUAGCUCGUCUAGAUUGGACCAAGCUCAAGUUAUACUUACUAGCGGUGUGACAAAAGCAGAAAUAGAGGAAGCGAUCAAUAAUAUGGAAGAGGUGUCCUCAAGGAAUGAGAUUAUCAAAAUGCGGAAGGACGCAUAUGCUCUUGAGAUACUGACCGUUUGCAAAAUGAUAAGUGCUUUAUUCAUCUAUUAA